AUGCUUAAUGAAAAAGAUAUAGGCGAAUAUUUUAGCGAUCAUUAUUCAUAUAUAAGGAAAAAGAAUGCUCCAAAAAAGAAAUUACGUCCUUUUAUUGUUUAUCUUAAAAUAGUAGCGGGAAUUUGUCUAUGUUUAAUGUUCAAAUUAUUCUUUAAGCGGCCCCCCGUUGUACAACAACCACCAAAUUCUCGUAUAUAUAAUUCAAAUAUAAGAACUGUAGCUUAA